AAUAUUCGGCUCAUUCUGUGCCAAUCGUUCCUCUGUUUCGGUCGUCGCGACGGUCGCGUCUCAGCGGACGAGAGAAGAAGAAAAAAUGCAGUAAAAAGUGGAAAAUUUAGACCCCUAGCGCUAGCGAACAAAGUGACGUGUGUUUCCGCUUCCGGUCGGGUUCCGCGCGUUCGGUGGCGUGAAAUUACCGUGAAAAGUGCACUCUAAGAGGCUGCAAAUGGCGAUUUUCGCCACGGUCUAGAGUAGGCAGAGCCAGUUUUUCUUUGGGGCUUUUUUAAAAAGAAAAAAGAAGGAAAGAGAAGAAGAAAUUUUGGUCUUACUCCCGCACUCAUACUCUGACGGGGAAAUUCUCACGCAACAGAGUCGCGCGGAGAAGGUGUUAUUUGUCUGUGGGUGUGUUUGUGUAUGUUUGGGAUACGGUGGUGGUGUUGGUGCCCAUACUGGAUAACGUCGCAAAGGUGUACGAGCGUAAAGUGUUGUGUGGGUAUUUUGUGAUGAUUACUCUCCCAUUCUCUCACGGCUACACGAAGAUCACAUUCAGAGCUGUCACGCAAACCAGUCAAUCAUAAGUCAAGUGUGUAAAAUUUUAUUUAUGUGUGUAUGAGUAAAUAUACAGGAAAAUGAAUGAAAACGAUCUCGGGGAUUGGAGCUGAGUUUUUGGUCAACUGAAAGACUGCCCAGUUCGUCAAAAGUGUAGCACCCCGGUUUUUCUCGCAAUUUUAACUCGAAGGAAAACUCAAGUUGCUCGGGAUGUCCCUGAAGUGCAAACGGAUUAACGACGGUGCGGGUGUGAUCAGCACGCGCGAAAAAAGUGGCGAAUCCGCGGCGGGAUCUUUCUAGAACAACAAAGAAGAGCAAACCUUAUCAGCGCCCAAAUAAUAUGCACGUAUCAACAACCCAGUCCCCGCAGCAAACCAACAGCACAAGUAGCAGCAGCAGAACCAGCAGGUCCGGCAGUCCGUUCCGUGGACAGUCCAGUUCGGAGUUUCGGGAGCAACCAAAUGUCGGCGGGAGGCCAUCCGGCGAUGACCAGCGACAUCUCCAGCCACAGCCGCAGCAGCAGCAUCCCGGCGCAGUCGUAACUACAGAAUGUGAUACCGAAGCCGAGAUUCCGGCCUCUGUAAUCAGCAGCGUUGGCACGGUCAACUACCGGCAGACGACGGCCAGCAGCAGCGCGGUCCAGCAGCUGUACCUGCUGCACCACCGCCAGCGCCCGGACGCUAUGAUAUCCCAGGAAGCAGCGGCAACGCCAACCACAACGACGACGACGGGCGCCGGCUCGAUGGGGGCGGCCACCGCGGCCAACGGCAACAGCAGUACAAAUCCCCAACCUCCGCGGCAGCAUCCCAAAAAGCGAAAGUUCGACCUGGCCGAGCUCGAGGAGAUGGAAUCGCACCGAGGCAGCGUCGGGGCGCCCCCUCUGCCCGUGGACACCGGCGGUGGAGGAGGAGACGGAGGCGGGGAAGGCGGUCUCAUCAUCAACGGAAACAGUGAGACUAUCAACGCUGGCGAAGGUCCGGCGGCGGCCGACGGCAACAACGGCACUACGAGGUCAUCCCACCAGCAACUUGGCUACAGCAUAGCUGGGGUUCAGGGCAUGCAGCAAACGCAACAGCACCGGCAAGUCUUUCUCACGGCUGACGUUGGACGACUUCAGCAGCAGCAGCAGCAGCAACAAACGGUCAGGAUACAGCAGCAAACGGUCGACGGGUACUUCACGAACAAGAAGAUCUACGCGAGCAGUUCGUACGGCUCCCCGGUCAACAGCUACAAACCUGCUGCCACGCCACCGUCUUCGUUGGCGCCAACGACCACGGUGGGCUCUCCGGUGGCGGCGGCAUCUACCAGCAACGUCCACCACGGUUCGUCCAGCAGUAGCACACCGCCCCACCAGCUGGCCGGAACGCCACCGGUGGCGGAACCCAGCACCAGUACGCCCCCGUCGUCUUCUUCGUCGUCCUCGAGUGCGGCCCCGUCCAGCUUGAUCGACCUGAGCGACUGGUCCAACAGCUACCGGGUGCUGGCCAAGCGGAAAGACUACUACGAGUCCGGGGUGAUUCGGUCCAGCUCGUCGUCGAACACGGUCACGGUGCAGUUCGACUAUCCCGAGGGCAGCACGCAGACGUACGGGGAUGUGUUUGGCGCGGGUCGCUACGACAUCAUCGACGACGCGUGUCCCUCGGCCUCGGACGUGGUGGCCGGCUGUCGGGUUUGCAUCCGGGCCCAAACCGUGCCGCCACAUCCGGCUGGGAACGUGUACGUCGAGGCCGUCGUCAAGGAGGUCCAGAACAACACGAAGCAGUUCUCGGUGCAGCUGAUCGGGCCGGCUGCGGCCACGGCCAGCGGUGGCGGGGGACCGCAGGAGAUUAAGCUCGUGAAACGAGUCGACAUUCGUCUGCUGAAGCCACCUUGGUGGGACGAAUUGGAAGAAAUGGUGGCGGCGGUCGAGGGGGCACGCAAACAACAGCAACAACAGCAGCAAGUCCCAGUGAACAACAAAUCCAGUCCGGUAACGACGUCGUUUCACCACAAUACUGAUGCGGGAGUGACGCAGCAGCAGCAGCAACAGCAGCAACCUGCCACCAUCAUGUACGGCAGCCAGCCGCAGUACAAGACCAUCAGCAUUACGCAAGGUCGUGGCAUCGCAACGGCUACGAGCGCCGGAUCCCGUUACGAUCCCAGCAAUCAGCAAUCCCACGUGCCAUUACAAAUGUAUCAGAUCCUUCCGACGUUGCACACCAACGAGGAACACUACCGAACGGCCGCCACUUCGCCCUUUCAAACCGACGGCCAAUCCGGCGCUACGACCGCGAAUCCCUACCAGAAUCCGCACCAUCUCUCCCAGCAACAGCCACAUCAGGAGCAGCUGACGACCAGCACAGUAUUAACCGCCGGCAGUCCGCACGACUUGGGAGCAUCCGGUGGGGCGAACCGACCUUCGUACUACGACUACGAAAGUGACGACGAGUUGCGACGGGAGGACAUUAGUUUUCCAAUUGACGGCGAAAACGAAAAAUACUCAGGCAGCAGCAAGCGCAGCAGCAUGCAAAGCCGCGGCAGCACGUCCAGCCUGCUGGACCAGCGCAGCACACCCCGAUCUCAGCCGGCCACGCCCCGAUCUCAGGCGGCCACGCCGCACCGCUUCAAGAAGGGCGACGUCGUGUCCACGCCCAGUGGCAUCCGGAAAAAGUUCAACGGCAAGCAGUGGCGCCGGCUGUGCUCGAACGAAACCUGCUCGAAAGAAUCUCAGCGGCGCGGCUACUGCUCGCGCCAUCUCAGCCAAAAGGGCAACGCGCUGCGCUCCUCGACCGGCUCCACCGCGAACCACUUCAACAGCAGUCGGUCCAGCAGCAAGACCCAGCUCGACGAGGACACCUCGCGGGACUCGGAAACGUCGCCCAACUAUCGGGUGGCGGGACGGUUCGACCAGGAGGAGACCGACGUGGCCAACAUGCUAGUGUCGCUCAGCAGCUCGCGCUCGGCCACCCCGUGCAACUCGUUCUCGUCGCCGACGGGACACGCCUCGUCCCCGCUGGCCCUGGCCAGCACCACCCAAUCCCCGGUGACGAUCGGCAACCGGCAGAACGUGUUUAUGCCCAUCGGUAGUCCUGCGGCCCCGUCCUCGUCGGAUCCCCACGGCGGCGGCGGCGGCGGAGGAAAGUUCAAAACGAACACGCCCAGUCCGAACAUCUACGGGGGUGGUGGCCUGCAGGGUCAAGGAAUGGGCGGUGUUGGUCCAGGGAUGGGCAUGGUCGUUGGUGGUCAACAGCCUCCACUGAUCCGGCCGGAACUGCUGAGGCCGGCCCAACCUCCCCCGCACCAGCCCAUUGUAUCGUUGCCUCCGACUGGCCACGCCACCAGCGUGAUUCGGAUAUCGCCGGCCUCGGCGUCGGCUUCGCAGCAGCAGCAACAUCCGGCGGGGUUGUACGCGACCUUUCCGAGCCAACAGCAGGUGAUUGUCGAUCCGGGGCUGCAACAGGUUCGAUCUCAACCCCAGCAAACGAUCCACAUUCAGCAAUCGUCGAUUGUGCAGCAGAACCAGCACCAGCAACAGCAACAACAACCAGUGACCGUGCCAAAAAACGGCAUUAGCACGGGUUCGAUCUUUCAAUGGCAUACUCUACUUCCGAUAAUCCACGCGCCGGCCUCGAAGGCGUACGUCCACCAUCACCAGCAGCAGCACCACCAGUCGGGCGGCUAUCCGCCGGCCUCGCAGCAGCUGCAGGUAGCGGCAACGGCGGCCACGACCACGAUUAUUGCGUCGCCGACGGUCAAGAUGUGCACGCCGCCACCGUCGGAACCGUCGGCCGCCGGCGAUGACGAGUGCGACGACGACCAGGGAGAUGAUGAUGUCUUUGAAGCAGAGCCCGUGAAAACCAACGCCAACAACACAAACUACAGUAGCAACCAAACCAACAACAACCCGACAUUUCAUGGGUCCGGAUCCGGAGGCCAGCUGCUCCGCGGGAUGGACAUCGAGGCCGGCUCGGGGACAUUCCCACCUCAGAAUCUAGGGGGCGGUACGGCCAGCAGCAAGGCUGAAGCCGAUUCGCUGGUCAAGCGAAGAACUCAGUCCUGCAGUGCGGCGCUGCAAGCGGCCAAUAGUGCGGCCGCCGGAGGAGGAGCAGGUUCCAAGGAUAGCCAACCUCCGCCAAGUCCCCUAAACAAAAAGGACGCCAAAAUCCGACGACCCAUGAACGCGUUCAUGAUCUUCUCGAAGCGGCACCGAGCGCUGGUCCACCAGAAGCAUCCGAACCAGGACAACCGAACGGUCAGCAAGAUCCUCGGCGAGUGGUGGUACGCCCUCAAGCCGGAAGAGAAAACCAAAUACCACGAACUGGCCAGCGAGGUCAAGGAGGCCCACUUCAAGGCGCAUCCUGAGUGGAAAUGGUGCUCCAAAGAUCGUCGCAAAUCGUCCUCCUCCGCAAAGGACGGCCGCGGCCGAAUGGACUCGUUCGAUGGCAACGAUUCGUUCGACGAAAAGAGCCCCACCACCCCCUCGGAACACCAACCCUCAACCCAAACCGUCCCAACAACCCCCAACCAACAGCAACCCCCCUCCGACAACAUCCCCAUCACGGUCGCCCCCUACAACACUGUUCGCCCAGCGGCGGCGGCCGCUCCCGAAACCGAAGACGCCACCAUGUCCGACGACGAGCAGCAGAUGGUCAUCGCGGAAGACUCCUCGUCCGGACUGCCCAACGGCCUUCUUCCCCCGAUCGCCGAAACCGUCGAAAUCGAUCUAAAGUGCGCCGAAAAGGUGACCGCCUCGGACUCGGACGUGGACGUGGCCGACACCGACGCCGCGGACUACAAAAUCAAGGUUUCAGACUCACUGGUUUCAUCGGCCCAGCAGCAGCAGCAGAACGUCCCCACGGACUACUCCAAGACGGCGAGCAAUGGGUCGUCCGCGCCGGGAACGCCGUCGGAUCCGCUCACGUGCAAGCCGAAACCGAUCAAGGUGGCGUUGUUGCCGCCGCCGGUUUCGCACCAGCAGCAGCAGCAGCAGCAGGCGGGAAGUGGUGCAGGAACGGGAGGUAACGGUGGGGUAGGAGGUGGAGCGGGAGGGCACCAGGAUGGGACGCACCACGGGUAUUCCCAUCACCACCACCAUCAUCAUCACUCUGCUCAGCUCAGCUACUCGUACGGAAGUCCCAAGAAUCCGAUCGGGGUGUCGCCGUUUCAGCCGACGGGUGGCGCCUUCAAGACGAUGCCCCAGAGCCCGAAAACGAUCGCCAAGCAGCAGCAACAGCAGGACCAGUACCAGGGCGUCUCGACUCCGACCGCCAUCAAAUCGGAACCGACGGACAACAUGUGCAAUAACAACAACAACAACAACAACGGCAAGGUGGUCACCACGAACGGUGGUGGUAACAUUUUCAACUUUUCAACCGCCUCGAUCAAGGAGCACCAAAGUCAGCAGCAGCAGCAGCCGCCUCCACCUCAGUCGCAAUGUAAAUCGAUUAGUUUGAACCCGAUCUGUUACACGAUCGCGAACGUAAACGGUACUAACGGUGCUAACGCUACUAACACCAACAACAUUAACAUUAGCGGUACAAGCAAUGCUAACGGCAAUAACAACAACAACAACAACAACACUAUUGUGAUGAGCAUGAAACAAGUUGUGCCGUCACCGUCGGCCAUGGGACUCCAGCAGCAGCAGCAGCAACAGCACCACCACCAACAACAGCAAUUCUCCGCGGAGAAUGGAGGAGGGCAGCAGCAAGCAAUACUGACGCCGAACCAGCUGCUGGCUGCGGCCGCCGGACGGCAAAAGUUUAUGUUUGCCGUCAACGCCAACAACUCGCAGUUUGCAUUCGUCCUACCCGACAGCCAGCAAUACGCCCUGAGCGAUCGCUCAAAACUCUACGCUUCCCCGUCCACCUCCCUGUCGUCGUCGUCGUCCUCGUCCGCCUCCCUAACCCCAUCGUCCCAAACUUCCUCCUCGUCCUCCUCCUCCUCCUCUUCUACUUCUUCCACCGUGCCAGGAUUAUCAGCUUCAACCGCUUACGCACUAACCACGCAGGGUCAGCAGCAGCAGCAACAGCAACAGCACUUGAAGCAAGCCAUAUCAUCAAGUACAACCUCCACCACAACCAACACACUCCAACCAGUACAAUAUUUGAUACAAGGAAAGAUACCGAACCUUCUCAUCUCAACCGCCGCCAACACUACACAGGGCUACCACCAGCAGCAACAGCAGCAGCAACCCCAGCAGCAGCUGAUCAGCAUCAAGCAGGAACCACCGGAAUCGCCGGGAGGUCCCGGGGGAGGGGGAGGCCGCAAUCUUCCCGUCACGCCCAACUCGUGCUCCUCGAGCGCUCCUGUGGCACCACUCUCGGCUGACCAGCCCGUCCCGGUGGCCUCCGACGAGACCGACGACGACUUUGACCAGGCACCGGAGAGCAAAAAGUUCAUCCUGGCCCCGACUCCGGCCCAGCUCGGUCGUGCCCCGCUGCAGCGGCGCCAAAUGAGCACCAACAGCAACGGGGCCGGCGAUUGCGCUUCGUCGCCCACGGGCAGUGUCGGUUCCGACGGCGACGGAGGACCGCCACUCUCGGCCACGCAGAUGCCACCGUCGGCCCUGCCGACGCCCACGUCCGCCUUCCUGGACGACUUCCAGAGCCCGCAGAUCUCGCCGACCACCAAGACCAAGAACUUUUUCAAAAAGGUCAAACCGGACGACAUGGACAACGUGCUCCGAACGGUGGACUUUGAGAAAAAGUUCAAAACGUUGCCCCAGUUCAAACCGGAAGAGUGCCAAUCGCCCAGUGCAAUCUCAGUGCCAUCGUCGCCGCGGGUCUUUACCCAAAACUAUCGCAAGAAGCAGCAGCAACAGCAGCAAUCGCAACAGCAACAGCAGCACCACCAGCAUCAGCAGCAGCAACAACAACAGCUUAAAACACCUAUCGAGGAAGAUCAUCACCACCAGCAACAUCAGCAACAACAACAACAUCAGCAUCAGCAACAAUCCCAACAACAGCACCAACAUCAGCAGCAGCAACAACAACAACAGCAACACAAUCCUCCCCUCCCACCGCCCCCGCUCACCUCGGACAGCAGUGCGCCGCUGUCCUCGACGGCCACUCCGUCCAGCUCGUACAUCAUCGGCAACCGGUUCUUCGGGCCGGACUUUAACAUGGAACAGUACAAAGGUUUCUUCUCCGUUGUAGAAAUGGCCGCCGACAGUGCGGACCGGUCCCCGCGGACGCCCAAAACGCCGUCGGCCCGGUCGGUCAACUCGGCCGAGGAGAAGGGCCACCGGAAGAUCCUCGAGCACCGGCGCAACCUGGUGAUGCAGCUGUUCCAGGAGCACGGCAUGUUCCCGUCGUCCCAGGCCACCAACAACUUCCAGCUCGCCCACAGUGACAUCUUCCAGAACAAGCAGCAGCUGCAGCUGAAGAUCCGCGAGGUCCGCCAAAAGUACAUGGCCCAGCCGCCCGGAUUCACGCCGCACUCUGCGGGGCCGAUGACGCCGACCGAUCACCUCGGGGCCGCUACACCAUCCGAUCCAUCUCAACAGUCACUGCAAAACAUUCAACAACAGCAGCAGCAGCAACAGCAAGAUUAAAUUGCACCACAUUUUGCAAAGCAUUUUUAAAUUGACCGCCCAAAACUCGAACGCAUUGGAAUUAUUUGCCGAUUGCAUUGAAUUCAAACGAAAUUUAACGAAAAAUAAACAAGCGCAACACCCGAUUACGCCGGGCAUUCACGGCUCAACACGGCCGAAACACACACACACAAUAGAUUUAUACUACAGUACUAACCACUACUACUCAAUAGUCCCUAAAGCGGAAAUACACAACAAUUGGAAACUAAGCAUAAACAACCAAUACAUUUACGCACCAUAAAAAAAUAAACAAGAUAAAUAGCACAGUUUCGUACUAAACAAUAUGUUUUUCAUAUAAAGCAGCAAAAAACUACAUAAACAAAUAGCCAAAACAAACAUAAAACGGAAUAGUUUAAACAAAUCAAAACCCACAAAAUAAGCCACGCCCUAGCGAAAUCGUUUCCUGCGCCACGCCCCUUUUUCCUAGAAGCCAAACAGACCCUCGUCCUCACCUUUACCCGCGUGCCCUUCAUUUGAUCACACACUAACACAAACAACUCUCCUCGUGGAGGAGUCCCAUCCGAACGUGUAAUCAGUAGUUGGAAGAAGAAGCAGAAGAAGAAAACCAGUCUCUUAAAUUAAAAAUUUAGAGGUUAAAGAAGCGUAACGUGAAAUUUAUUAAGAUCCAUUUCGCGACGGCUCGCGGAAUGGCUUCUAGUGAUCUUAGUUGGUAAGUUUCAGUGAAUAUAUAACAAAAAAUCGAUGUGAAAGUAAGAAGAGGUAGAAGAAGAAAAAGCAAAUCAUUUAAAUGCAUAAACACACAGCAAAUAAAACAAGUUUGAGGAGAAAAUUGUAAAAGAGAAAGAGAGAGAUAGUGUUUAAGCAGAUGAUGAGAAAUAUUACAACAAGUUGUACAUACUAUGGCAAGUUAAUUAAUUAAAUAAAAAAUGUCUUUGAAAGAGAUAGAAUUAAAAUUAGUAGAAAGUACAAGAAUUUAUUAACAAAUUUUACUGUGAGUUGUAGUAGUGGAAAAAAACCAAACAUUGCAAACACACACACCCCCGCAAACAAUCACAAAUCUCUCCUACUAGUGUCGCGCGCUGUGCAAAAGUUGCCAAUUAGCUCCCAUUUUCUCCUAACCUCCCUCAUCCAAUCAUGAUAAUUCUCUCUAAAUCUCAUCUCUCAACUCUCUCGAACACACAUACAAUAACAGGGUUUCUAAGCACUCAAGGAAGAGAACCUUCUUUUGAUUCCCCUCUUGUUAGUAGAACAAAGGUAAAGUCAGUCGCUUCUUUCCUGUCCUCAGGAAUUGUUCGAAUGUGGAUUUAAAAUUGUUAAGUACUAGACUUUGUUUUGAUUAGGUCCUAUAUGAAACACAACAGUUUAAAGGACAUUUAAAAAAAACUCUGAAAUUUUAUUACUCUUAAUAUUCAGAGAUUUGUAGAAUUUUAGGUAUUUUUAUUUAUCUAAAAACAUUUUAAUUUAUUUUUUUUAUUUUCUUUUGUAUUUACAACAAUAUUGAAGAAUUCAACAUCCAAAUAUGCUACAUUUUUAGUUUCAAAAUUCAUAAAUUAAUAUAACAUAUGAAUUUCAAAAAAAUAAAAUAGCGUUCAAAAUUCAAAAAAACUGGAUUCCAAAUUUUAAAAAUCUUAAAUUUGAAACAAUUAACACUAACAAUUUUAAAUUAAGUAUCUUUAAUAUUUGAGAUCUUUGAAACUUUGAACAUUUGAAUUCCAUUUUUUUUAUUCGAUCGUUGUGGAAGUAUGUUUUAACGUGACGUUAAAUGUUCAAAAAUACUAGAUUUCAAAUUUGAAAAUUCUGAAAAUUUACUUAACAGUGAGCAUUUUGAAACAUUAAAACAAAAACGAAAGCAAAAACUUUAAAAAAAUAAAUAGGAUUUUGAAUAACAAAAAAAAAUCGAUUUCUAAAAUUUAAAAGUUUUUAAAUUUUGUAAUUUAUUACAUUUUUUAAAUUUAGGGAUUUUUUAUCUUAAAUUUACAAAUUUCUCAAGCCACAGAUUUUUUUUAUAUUAGAAAUUUAAAAAAACUGGUUUUGAAUGCUUAAUUUCAAUUUUUAAAAUUUUAGAAUUUUGGACCAUAAAGGUGUAUAAAAAUGUGAUGUCUGGAAACAAUCUUCUAAGCUAAAAUUUCAAAAAUUAAAAAAAUCGUAAAGAGCUAUGAAUUUCAAAAUUUAUCACAUUUUUUUUAAAUUUAGGGAUUUUUUAUCUUAAAUUUACAAAUUUCUCAAGCCACAGAUUUUUUUAUAUUAGAAAUUAAAAAAACUGGUUUUGAAUGCUUAAUUUCAAUUUUUAAAAUUUUAGAAUUUUGGACCAUAAAGGUGUAUAAAAAUGUGAUGUCUGGAAACAAUCUUCUAAGCUAAAAUUUCAAAAAUAAAAAAAUCGUAAAGAGCUAUGAAUUUCAAAAUUUAUCACAUUUUUUUUAAAUUUAGGGAUUUUUUAUCUUAAAUUUACAAAUUUCUCAAGCCACAGAUUUUUUUAUAUUAGAAAUUAAAAAAACUGGUUUUGAAUGCUUAAUUUCAAUUUUUAAAAUUUUAGAAUUUUGGACCAUAAAGGUGUAUAAAAAUGUGAUGUCUGGAAACAAUCUUCUAAGCUAAAAUUUCAAAAAUAAAAAAAUCGUAAAGAGCUAUGAAUUUCAAAAUUUAAGAUCACUAAAUUUAAUAAAUAUAGGAUUGAUUACAUUUUUGUAAAAUUAUUUUAAAACGCUGCGCUCAGAAUUCAAGACUACUAGAUUUCAAAAUAAAAAAAAUCAAUAGUCAAAAAUACCAGAAAUCAUUAAAAAAAUUGAAUUUAAAAAUAUUUUUUUGGAUUUCAAAAAUCAAGAAGUUUUUAAAUUAAUGAAAAUACAAUGGUCGAAUUCUGAAUUUUAAGAUUUUUCAAAUCAGAUUUUUUAUAUUUAGAAUUGCAAAAUUUUUAAUUUAUUUUGAUUUUUUUUCUAAUGUUUGGGUUUCUAAUCUUGAAUUUUACUAUUUUGAAUCUUUGAAUUAUUAUUUUACUAUUUUUGUUGUGCAACAAUUUGAAAUAUGGGCCUGGUCCAGAGUUUUUUAACGUUUAUUUUGUUGAAUUUCAGAUCUUAAAAAAUUACAACUAUAGAAUUUGAGAAUUUUAAAAGUUGAAAAUUUUGGAUUUCAGCACUUGGAAUUUAUUAUUUUUUGAAUAUUGGAUAGUAAAUGUUUAAAUGUUUCACUCAGGAGUUUGGAAGUUUAUUCCGCUCGGUUUUGGGUAUUUUUUUUUUCAAAAAUAAAAUAUAUUUUACAUGUACACUGAAACCCCGGUGGUUUGACACCAAUUGUUGUCAAACGAACGGGGCCACUUUUUAGUUUGACACGCUCUUUACACAGAGCUCACACUUACCAACAAGCGUUUGGUUUGUUCGUUUGUGUGGGUCCCGUGUAAAAAGUGACAGUUAGUCAUUUUUUAGUUUGGCUUUGUCAAACCAACGGGGUACAAACGAAAAAAGUGUCAAUCGAAAAAGUGACCAGGCACCGGGUGUUGAGUCUAGAUUCGUUUGUUUAUAACAUUCGAACAAUUCCUUACUGGACACAUUCAUCCUCACCUGCACGAACCCCAAAAAAGUAGUCAAGCGAAAUAAAAAAAUCCCAGCAAAACGUAAGAGGUUAAGAUUAAUUAUUUGUUGAAAUAAAUAAAAACUAACACACACUCACACAAAAAAUAACAGUAAAAAAUGAAACCGACAAAUCACAAUUAAGAAAGCCGCACGUGCGCGAAAAAUCCAAUCUUUCAGCAGCAACGCCAGAGAUGCGCCAUCUCAUCCGUUUCUCGUACGCAUUGUUGAACUUGGAAGAAGAAAACAAAAUAAAAUAAAUAACUAAAAUAAAAUAGUCUUUCCCCUCCCCCCACGUGCGAAAUCCAGAGACAAACAAGCAUCCGGAGCCUAUACAAUUUGGCACAGCCAUCAUCUAAGCUAAAGUUUAAUGAAAUUGCGAAAAAUUAAUUGACUAACAAACAUGAAAAUCGAGAGAGAGAGAGAAAAUAAAUCGCUUGCAAAUUUUGGAGGGCCAGCAAUAACGGUGCACACACACGAACUUGUAGAAAAGCAAAAAAUUAUGAAAAAAUACAAAAUUAUUUGUGAAAGAUUUUGACAGAAAUAAAAAAAAACAGAUAAUUGUAAAACAAAACAAAAGAAACAACCAAACUGGCACUUUUACAAUGAUUGUGACACUGAGAAAUGAAAAAAAAAGAAAAUUAAGAGUUUAAAAAUGAUACAGAAACGAAGCAGUGAAUAAAUAAAAGUUCAAACAUUGA